AGUAGUUUAUGACAUUUCAUUCACUCGAUCGGGGUGGAAAUUGUAAUUUUUAUUUGUUAAAAUAUUUCCAAUUGUGUGCAAUUUUUCAUGUCUACGGCAGUGUUUAGUGAAUCUACAGUGUAUUUAGUGUAUUGUGGCAAUAAAAUCUUAUGGUGAUUUAAGUGGAAUCUGUGCAAAAAUCAUGACUCAACUAUGACGUAGUUCAUUAGUGAUGGAUUAUGAUGAAAUUUGGACAUUUAUCCUCUCAUUCACCAUAUUCACAUCCCUGACAACGAUGCUGGCCGCUUGCCUGUGUUGCCGGAAGAAAGUGCCCAAGAAUGAUCUGUUGGGCUUGGAAGGCAUGGUUAAGAUAAAAAAUCCAGAUGACAAUCUGCACAAUUCAACAUCGGCUCUCAAGACCGAUACAGUGGAUUCUGUUGCUGAUAAUGAUGUUAAAAGAUCUAGCAAUGCACCACAUCGAAGUCUUCCGGACAUUCCAGCGAGUGAUCAAGCGGCAGUUGAUACGAAUUCCGAUCUGUAUGCCACAGUCGGGGACAAAGUACAGGGGAGACCGCAAGGCAGAAGUCCUUCGAGCUUGAAGAAGCAAUCAGUGUCUCAGCAUAGUUCUUUGAGUCAGGCGGAUGACGUUAGUUCGCCUUAUGCUAGUGUUCGUUCCCCUUCGCAUGCUUAUGACAAAAUAAGAAAGACUGAGCAUCCCUAUGCUCAGUUGCAGCCAAAUCAGAGCAAUCCCCCAGCUGAUCACAAUGGUAUGUCCCGAAGGGCUUCCAAUGAGAGUCUUUUGGGGACAAAUGAGCCCACUGGAGCUGACAUUCCGGCAGCUUCAGCAAUUGCUGGGAGGAUUUCGGCAAGCCAGGAGCUGCCGUAUAUGACUCCACCAAUUGCUCAGCCACAGCAUUUCAGUGGGGAUUCACAGGAUUCUUCCAAAGGGUACACGAGUAUCAGUGUCCGGGAACCACUGGCUAAUAUUAUAGCACAGACAAAUAAACAAAAUGCACAAACGAGAAGGAGAGACUUGAGUGAUUCUCACUAUGCCACUGUUUCCGAUGAUUCCGACGAAAUGUACGCAGCUAUCGAUGAUCCCAAUAAUCCGGCGGAUCUGUAUACAAGUGGAUCGGAAACUUAUGCACAAAUCCAACCACCAAAUGCCAUGGUGGUGUCCGUGGAGAUUAAUACUCCAGCAACUGCGAGGAAUGAAGAUCAAGUGGUUGAAGUGGCUUCUCCACAGCAAAACAUUGAUAUCCCAGCACCGUCUCUUGUGGACAAUUUCCGAGCUCAGGCAACUGUUCACUCACGUCAAGCCUCUUCGUCCAGUGUCACGAGUUCCAUUGGCAUCCUGGGAUCACCGAAGCCAGAGAAGCGUCAGGCAAAUUCUCCACUUCCACCGACGCCAAAGAGUGGCAAAACUGUUGCUCACUAUGCCUCCAGCAAUUCUAAUCUCACUUCCACCAGUUCCACGCAAUCUGGGAGGAAUUCAGUGGCUUCUGUUGUGGAUACGCAUCAAUUGAUGGAGACCAAGGGAGAAACACUUCAGCCAGGAGAUGACGAUCAAGCUGCCAACAAAUGCAAAAAGAGUCCGUCCAAGGAUUUAGAGGGCAUGUAUGCCAAAGUGAUGAAAAAGAACAAAUUAUCAAAUUUACCAUCGCAAAAUUCCUCACCGCAAAUGGGAAGAAAAUUCCCACAGAGCGAUCGUGCUUCAACGGCUGAACCGGAAGUCUUUAUAUCCGAUUCGGACAUUUCCAAUGGGACUCCAGCGACAGAUUCUGGGCGAGUUUCUGUGCAUGAGAGUCCGGGAAAGUACAGUGUGAGGUCUGCUGGGCACAUAGAUAACAAUUACGAAACGAUUGAGAGGAAACUCUCGCGGGGGCGAAGUAGCAGCUACGGGGAGAAGGAUCCGGGAUACGAAACGAUUCCCGGGGAUAAAAGAGCCACUGAACGGGAUGUUGUCGAUGCACAGAGUCGCUCCUCAGCACCUCCAGGCUUAAUUGCGCCAAUUGAAGUGCUUAAGACAGCUAACAAUCGCAGUGGAUACCUGUUCAGUCAGCCAAUGGAGGAUCCUGGGUAUGAGAUUGUGAAGCAAAGGGGCAUUUCGACAUCGGACUAUGAUCCGAAUUAUGAGGUUCUUAGGCCGGCUCGGGAUGAGGAUGGGUACUCGAGGAUUUGGGAUAAGGGAGGGGAGAAGGGGGUGAAUAGGUUGAGUGGAGGGGAUUUGUUGGAUGGGUAUAGUAGUAUAAAGGCACCGCGGAAGGUGGAUGAUUGUGAGGCGGAAACUGAUAGCGAUGUUCCGGGAUAUAGUUCAAUUCAGGAUGUCAAGAAGAUGGCUAAAGGGGUGGAUAUUGAGCCAGGAUACAGUAUUAUUUGUGAUAAGGGGGAGGGUGGAGGGGAUGCAAUGGCUAAGAAGAUCAAUGCAUCCAUCAAUAACAACAAUAUUCUCGAUGAUUCGGACAUUUAUUCGAGUAUUCCGCAUUCGGAGAAUCCGUCAUAUUUGAGCAUUCAGGACAAUGUGCACAAUUAUUCAACAAUUGGAGAAACUCCAUCGAGUAGUCAGACAUUGAUUAGUUCACCGGGAUAUUCGAGUAUUUCUGACACUCUAACAGCAACAACAACACCCUCGAGCGAAAGUAUGAGCUCAGAUCAGGUCCUCUUUCGCAGUCACAUGCAAACAACUUCCAGCAAUUAUGAAUCCCUCACGGGCAGCGAAUCUGAUCCAAAUUAUGAGACUGUGAGGUAUUUGGGCGUAAAGGAGAAUCCCUAUGAGAGGCUCCACAAUGAGAAAGCAUCGAGUCCAGAGUGCCACAUUGAUGUCAAAAGGCCAAAUGAUGCAACGGGGGGCGGCGGAGGGGGAGGGGGAGGGGGAGGAAAUCAUAUCAGUGGAAAUGGACCAAUUCCAGCAGCAAAUGUCGAAGGGCAAGAAGUCAGUGACUAUUUUCAAGUCUGACCACUUCUGUUGCAAUAAUAUCC